CUGUUGGGAUGCUCUGUUUCCUUUACUGCUUCUUUUUGGUUUGGUGAAGGAGAAGAAGAUGAGUGGUGGUGGUGUGAGCAAAAUCAGGGACGAUCUCUUAUGCUUUGCUGCUUCUGUUUGGGCUGCUUCUGUUUGGCCCGGUAAAGGAGUGGAAGAUGAGUGGCAAAGGCGUGAGGCUUUCAGCAAAGGAGAUGAGGCCGACGGAGGACUAGUGAGUGAGAUGUCAACGGAAGUGGAGCAGGGAGAUUAAGUGCUUUGUUGCUUCUGUUCGGCGGUGGAGAUGCCGAUGGACUCACAGAGAUGGAGCAGGGAUGAGGGAGAGGGAUGCCGAUGGCCCGAUUGCAGUUCUGCACUUCUGCUUCUGUUCUGCUUUCUAAUUUUGCUUUCCAAUGUUGUUUUUACAUAAUAGUCCCUGCUUAUUAGGGUUUUUAAUUUAAUUUAAGUGUAAAGUUAAGGUUUUUUAUGUAAUAUCAUUAAAAAGAUAAGAUAAAA